AUGCUAUCCUUCCUGGCUGCCAGAUCUGUGGGUAAAUCUAACAGUACACAUUUCCUCAAUGCUUCUCUCCCUCUGAAGUUUUGUCCAUGGAUGCAUGAUUUUUCAUUUCAGUCUAUUAGGUUUCACGGGGACUUCUCCAGCAACACUGAUCACCUGAUUUCUAAAUCUGUGAUGCCUGCCAGUUCUGUACAUGCAGUGGCUGCUCCGCUGUGUUUUGAGAUGCCGUGUUUUGAUGUGUCGUUGCCUUUGGGGGUAAGCAAUAACUGUAAUCACACCAUCCUGGCUUCAUGUGGGUUUUUACUGCUGGAUAGACCUCCCUGUAAUGAUCCCAACUAUACGUUGCGUGCUGGGGAGAGUAAUGUAAAUUUGUCCUGGUUUGGGUUAGCCACCCCUAGCAUUCCCUAUUUGACUCUUCUAACUCCAUCUCCUGAGGGUUACAGUUGUCCAACUAAUAUGGUUUGGGUUUGCGGGUUAAGGUCUUUUCUGUAUUUGCCUAGAAAUUGGUGUGGGAGAUGCUAUUUAGCUUAUCUCAUCCCUCACCUCCGUGUGUUGUCAGAUCUUUCUGAGGUUCUCUCUCCUCCUCAUAGGACUAAACGAGCUCGUAUCUCCACCACUAACUCAGUGUUUGGGAGUAUUUUUCCACACUAUGGUACAGUUAACAAUGCUUUGCAGAUUGAUGCAUUAGCUGUAGAUUUAGAAAAUCUCACUUCUCUGGUUACUAAGGGGUUUGACGCACUAACACCUGAGUUAAAGGCCCUCCGGGUCAUGACACUGCAGAAUAGGAUGGCUCUGGAUUUUCUCUUAGCUGAAAAGGGGGGGACCUGCAAGGUUAUAGGGGACGAGUGUUGUACAUUCAUUCCGGAUAUGUCUACUAAUCUGUCUUCUGUUCAGGAUCACCUAAGAGAUCUGUUAUCUGGGAUGGAGGCUCGGGAUAGCUCUGGAUCUUCUUCUGAGUUAUGGUCUUGGUUUCAGUCAGGUGGCUGGUGGCAUAUCUUGCUCGCAGUCUUAGGCCCUAUUUUUGCUGUUCUGAUUGCCUGCUGGCUUGUGGCUUUUUAAACUUGCUUUUACUUAGUUUUAUUUGUUUU